CGCCUCCCGUUGAACCACGGCAAAGCUGCUGCAAUGGGAAAGCUAAUUUUGCUGUUGCUGAAUUUGAUAUUUUUAUGUGACAUUGUAGCGGCUGUGUUUGAGGAUCAAGUAGGAAAAUUUGACUGGAGGCAGCAAUAUGUAGGCAAAGUUCGCUUUUCUCAUUUCGACACGCAUAUGCAGUUAUCCAAAAAAGUGCUAAUAGCAACAGAGAGUAAUGUUUUUGCUGCAUUAAACACCAGGACAGGUGACCUCUUUUGGCGACAUGUGGACAAGACUGGACUGGAGGGAAACAUUGAUGCUGUUUUGCAGCAUGGGCAAGAUGCUGUGCUAGUGGUUGGUAAUGGGCGCGUGCUGCGCUCUUGGGACAUCAGUGUUGGAGGCUUAAACUGGGAAAUUGUGCUAGACUCUGGCAGCUUUCAAUCAGCAUGUUUGGUUGGUCAACAAGGCACAGUCAAACACGCGGCUGUUUUGAAGAAAUCUGUCAUCUCUUUUCAUUACUUGACUAAUGGUCAUCUAAAAUGGAUAGAGAACCUACCAGAAAGUGAAACUGUGAAUUACCAGGCUGUGUAUUCAAGUGGAAAUGGUCAAGUCUAUGCAAUGGGAGUUGUCCCCCAUUCCCACAUUGCUAUUGUUGCUUACAGUAUGGAUGAUGGUGAAAUAAUCAACCAGAUUUCAGUUGAUGCUCCAUGGCUGUCAAACAUACCAGCCAGCUGUGCAGUCAUUGGCCAGGGAAUAUUAACGUGUGUAGAUGCUACAACCGCAUCCCUUUACACACUUGACUUACACCAACAGUUACAGAUGACACAAGUUCCCCUGCAGUCACUUGGUCUUGAAGUAGACCCAGGUUUUCAUCCAUACCUGGUGUCACACCAGCCUAGCCCAGCCCGUCAGCCACUAUCAGAGUUCCUACUUCAACUUGGGCCUGAUCAUCAUUUACUUCUCCAGCUCAACGAUGGUCAGAUUGUUACUCUGAGGGAUUUUAAGCCUGCUUUGCUUGUUUCAUUUGCAACAACUGGAGAGAAGACUGUUGCUGCUGUCAUGUCACCCAAGAAUAAAACUGCUUGCAGCAUUAAUCUCUUUAGUUCUGAAACUGGACGCAGACUUCUUGAUACAACUUUGAUUUUCACUGUGGAUCCUAAUGGAGGAAAACCAGAGAGGCUUCAUGUACAAGCAUUCUUGAAGAAGGAUGACUCUGUUGGCUACAGAGUCAUGGUGCAGACGGAGGACCAUGCACUCAUUUUUAUACAGCAGCCAGGGCGUGUAAUGUGGACAAGAGAAGAGGCUCUGUCAGAUGUGGUGACAAUGGAAAUGGUGGAUCUGCCCCUCACAGGAACGCAGGCUGAGCUGGAGGGAGAGUUUGGCAAAAAAGCAGCUAUACAAGAUGGUUUGAUGUCUAUGGUGGUGAAGAGGCUCUCCUCUCAGCUCAUCAUGCUGCAGGCCUGGAUCGCCCACCUCUGGAAGUUAUUUUAUGAUGCUCGCAAACCCCGCAGUCAGGUCAAAAAUGACGUCACCAUCGAGAAUCUGUCUAGAGACGAGUUCAACUUGCAGAAAAUGAUGGUUAUGGUUACAGCAUCUGGAAAGCUGUUCGGGAUUGACAGCAAGACUGGCAGCAUAUUGUGGAAGCAUUACCUUGACAACAUCCCACCAAAUGCUGCUUUCAAGCUAAUAGUGCAACGAACGACUGCACACUUCCCUCACCCCCCACAGUGCACGCUACUCAUCAAAGACAAGGACUCGGGUUUGGCGACACUACACGUAUUUAACCCCAUUUUUGGACGGAAAAGUCACGUCACUCCACCUGCUCUGUCUCGGCCUAUACUUCAGUCCCUUUUGCUCCCACUCAUCGACCAGGACUACGCCAAGGUCUUGCUUCUUGUUGAUGACCAGUACAAGGUGUCGGCCUUUCCUUCUACCAAGAACGUGCUGCAGCAGCUCCAGGAAACGGCUGCCUCCAUCUUUUUUUAUCUCGUUGAUUCCAGUCAGGGGAGACUCUCUGGUUACAGAUUACGAACGGACUUGUCAACUGAGCAGGUCUGGGAAGUCGUAAUUCCGAAUGAGGUGCAGAAGAUAGUUUCUGUUAAAGGGAAAAGGCCCAAUGAGCAUGUUCACUCACAGGGCAGAGUGAUGGGAGACCGAAGUGUGCUGUAUAAGUACCUGAACCCCAAUCUACUGGCUGUAGUGACUGAAAGCACAGAUUUGCAUCAGGAGCGCAGCUUUAUUGGGAUCCUGCUGAUUGAUGGCGUGACUGGUCGCAUCAUCCACGAGGCGGUUCAGAGGAAAGCCAGAGGACCGGUGCAUGUUGUGCACUCUGAAAACUGGGUUGUUUAUGAAUACUGGAGCACCAAGUCUCGCAGGAAUGAGUUCUCUGUCAUUGAACUUUAUGAAGGAAUGGAGCUCUACAACAGCACUGUGUUCAGCUCUCUGGACCGGCCAAAUGCUCCUCAUGUGCUUCAGCAGUCUUACAUUUUCCCUGCAUCCAUCUCCACCAUGGAGGCCACCCUGACUGAGAAGGGGAUCACCAGUCGCCAUCUGCUCAUUGGCUUGCCAUCUGGAGGAAUUUUGUCUUUACCAAAGAUGUUUCUUGAUCCACGCAGGCCAGAAAUAGUUUCCGAGCAAAGCCGGGAAGAAAACCUGAUACCGUAUGCACCGGAGCUGAUCAUCCGCACAGAGUGGUUCAUCAACUACAAUCAGACCGUAUCGAGAGUGCGAGGUAUUUACACAGCUCCCUCUGGACUGGAGUCAACCUGCAUGGUAGUGGCAUACGGUCUCGACAUCUACCAGACGCGCGUAUAUCCCUCGAAGCAGUUUGACGUGCUAAAGGAUGACUAUGACUACAUGCUGAUCAGCAGUGUACUCUUUGCCCUUUUCUUUGCCACCAUGAUAAGCAAACGCCUGGCGGAAGUCAAACUGCUCAACCGGGCCUGGCGGUAAACAGUCCCCCAUGUCCUGCACCUGAGAGCCCCACGGCUGCUUGAAGGACCUCAGUCCGAGAAGAUGAGGCUGCUACGGCCGAGCCUGUAGAAAAACACAUGCCAACUUUCACU